ACGUGCCUUUUGGCAGGUCUCCUCCCUGCUCUGGCCUGUGUUCCCCUCAGCACAAGGAAGGGGCUGGGUGGUCUCUGUGGCUCGCCUCCGCUCUGAAAUUCCGGCUUUCAAGGUGGCCCCAGGCCUCCGCCAGGGGCUUCUGGCGAUGGGAGUGCGGCAAGGGGCCGCGCGGGCCCGGGACGGUGGCGCCAGAGAGGUCGCUCCUAGACGGGAAGACCGCCGAGGGGACGAGAGACACCGCGGGCCCCCGGAACCGCGGGCAGCCGGUGUUUACCUCGCUCAGUCCCACCCCUGGCGGCCGCGGGCCCGCCCGGAGCGCGCGGCGCGAUUGGGCGAGUGGUCUGCCAGUCUCCGGGGACUUUCCCAGGGGUGGGGCGGCCCGGCCAGGCCCCCGGCACUUCCUCGUCCUCGGCCCGGGUGCCCUGCCCCCGCCCAGGAGCCCGAGGAGUGCUACGGGGGGCCGGAGCCUGGCCCGGGCCGCUGCCCCGUCCCUGGAUUCGGGGCUGGACGCAGCAAGCGGGGCGCUGUGUCCCCAAGCUCCCCGUCCUCGGGGGAGCUUUUGGAAGAGUCCCAGAUGGAAGCAACCAGGCUCCGGCAGAAGGCCGAGGAGCUAGUGAAGGACAACGAGCUGCUCCCACCACCUUCUCCCUCCUUGGGCUCCUUCGACCCCCUGGCUGAGCUCACAGGAAAGGACUCAAAUGUCACAGCACCUCCCACAGCCCCUGCAUGCCCCAGUGACAAGCCAGCACCAGUCCAGAAGCCUCCAUCCAGUGGCACCUCCUCUGAAUUUGAAGUGGUCACUCCUGAGGAGCAGAAUUCACCAGAGAGCAGCAGCCAUGCCAAUGCAAUGGCGCUGGGCCCCCUGCCCCAUGAGGAUGGCAACCUGAUGCUGCACCUGCAGCGCCUGGAGACCACGCUAAGUGUGUGCGCCGAGGAGCCGGACCAUGGCCAGCUCUUCACCCACCUGGGCCGCAUGGCCCUGGAGUUCAACCGACUGGCAUCCAAGGUGCACAAGAAUGAGCAGCGCACCUCCAUCCUGCAGACCCUGUGUGAGCAGCUUCGGAAGGAGAACGAGGCUCUGAAGGCCAAGUUGGACAAGGGCCUGGAACAGCGGGAUCAGGCUGCCGAGAGGCUGCGGGAGGAAAAUUUGGAGCUCAAGAAGUUGUUGAUGAGCAAUGGCAACAAAGAGGGUGCGUCUGGGCAGCCAGGCUCACCGAAGAUGGAAGGGGCAGGCAAGAAGGCAGUGGCUGGACAGCAGCAGGCUAGUGUGACGGCAGGUAAGGUCCCAGAGGUGGCGGCCUUGGGCGCAGCUGAGAAGAAGGUGAAGAUGCUGGAGCAGCAACGCAGUGAGCUGCUGGAAGUGAACAAGCAGUGGGACCAGCAUUUCCGGUCCAUGAAGCAGCAGUAUGAGCAGAAGAUCACUGAGCUGCGUCAGAAGCUGGCUGAUUUGCAGAAGCAGGUGACUGACCUGGAGGCCGAGCGGGAGCAGAAGCAGCGUGACUUUGACCGCAAGCUCCUCCUGGCCAAGUCCAAGAUUGAAAUGGAGGAGACCGACAAGGAGCAGCUGACAGCGGAGGCCAAGGAGCUGCGCCAAAAAGUCAAGUACCUGCAGGAUCAGCUGAGCCCGCUCACCCGACAGCGUGAGUACCAGGAAAAGGAGAUCCAGCGGCUCAACAAGGCCCUGGAGGAAGCACUGAGCAUCCAAACCCCGCCAUCAUCUCCACCAACAGCAUUUGGGAGCCCAGAAGGAGCAGGGGCCCUCCUAAGGAAGCAGGAGCUGGUCACGCAGAAUGAGUUGCUGAAACAGCAGGUGAAGAUCUUCGAGGAGGACUUCCAGAGGGAGCGCAGUGAUCGUGAGCGCAUGAAUGAGGAGAAGGAAGAGCUGAAGAAGCAAGUGGAGAAGCUACAGGCCCAGGUCACCCUGUCGAAUGCUCAGCUAAAAGCAUUCAAAGAUGAGGAGAAGGCAAGAGAAGCCCUCAGACAGCAGAAGAGGAAAGCAAAGGCCUCGGGAGAGCGCUACCACGUGGAGCCCCACCCGGAACAUCUCUGCGGGGCCUACCCCUACGCCUACCCGCCCAUGCCAGCCAUGGUGCCACACCAUGGCUUCGAGGACUGGUCCCAGAUCCGCUACCCCCCUCCUCCCAUGGCCAUGGAACACCCGCCCCCACUCCCCAACUCGCGCCUCUUCCAUCUGCACCAGUUUUGUCGCAGCCGGAAUACACCUGGCGUCUACCCUGUGGAGGGGUUCGAAAUCCAAAUCAGAGCUCCCAAGUGAUGGACCCUCCCACAGCCAGGCCUACAGAACCAGAGUCUCCAAAAAAUGACCGUGAGGGGCCUCAGUGAGACCAGAUUGUGUCAUUUGGCUCCACCUUCAUCUUGCAGAGCCAGCUGACCUCAGAUUGCCGAAAAACUAGAAGCCACUUGCACGGUGUGGCCAGAGCCUCAGCUGGAUGAGAGGUUGAGAUGGGUGGUCAGCUUGUACACCAGUCCCUGAACUGAGCUGUUUACAGGACUGGGGAGGCUCCACCCAGAAGGCUUUCAUUUGUACUCUGCUGGGAGUGACUGGGAAAAACUCACUUCCCUGCUGCUGAGUGGAGAGAGGCCUCAUCCGGCUUUGACCUGCCAUCCGUUGCAGAAGCCUCCAGGAGCAGCAAUCCUAAGAGUGGGAUGCAGCCAAGACUCCCUUCCUUCAAAACGUCCCGGAAGUGGUUUCAGGCCCUCUAGUUGCCAUGACCAAUUUGUGUGUGUGUUUAAUUUGUGCUUCAAGCUCUGUAGCAGGACCUGCCCCACGUACACCCCUACCCCUCUGUGAGGAGCUGUGGGAAGUGUGGGUUUGUCUCCGGAACAGAAGAGAAUGACGGAUAUUCUGGCUCUGGGGCCCUCUCCACCACCACUCACUGUAGCCUUGCUGAAGCCAUCACAGAUGGGAGAAGGCCAUGCCAGCCACGUCCGCCGAGGGGCCCCAGCCUGAAGCUGCCAGGCCCUGAGGUUCACACCCUGGACCCCGUAGCUGGAGGCCUGUGGUGCCAGACGCCCAGAUUAGGGUGGCUGUCCAUCCCUGGAUAGCUAUUUGCACGAAUCAUGGACAUAAAUCCAAGUUGAAGAAGAUCAA